UAGAGCCCCUGUUCAGCUCCUCACCCUGUUCCCUGCCCCUAGAUCCUGGUGUCUGUGCCACCCUAGAGCCCCUCCCAGUCUGCCAGGGGCCACACCGAGCAGGGCUGGGAGCCUGUUGCACCAGGAGUGAGUGUGAGCAUCUGUCAGCAGAGACACGGACCCUUCACCACCCACCAUGGAGCCCCAGGUGCCGGGACGGAUGCCCAGGGCUGGACUCCUGCUGCUGCCCCUUCUCCUCUGCUUCGGGCCAGAGACCGCCGGGAGCAUCGACCCGGCCGCGCUCAAAAAAAUCGUGGAUCAUGUUCAUAAUAACGGCGGAGUUAACAAGCAAUAUGCUUUCGCUGUCACGCUGCCCCAUGGCACCUGCAGCAACCCCCAGGAUGUGGCCACCUAUCUGCCCAUGGCCCAGCUAGCAGACAUGAGAAAGAAGAUUGACUCGUUCGGUGCCCUGUACAACCUGCCCAACGGGAACAUUGUGGCUGCCCGGCCAAAGGAAGUGAAUAAACCGAAAGGGAAAUACACGGAGCACAGCGAGUGGCGUCUGCUCUCCGGCCCAAACAGCCUUGUGGCCCAGCUCACGGCCAGGACCUAUGGCCAGAACAGCUGCCUGAUCUUAUUCACCUUCAAUUCGCCCUGCUCCACCAAGUGUCUGCGCGAGAACGGGCGCUCCAACAUCGUGCAGAUGACCAGCGCUGCCUUCUCGGCCAUCAACAACAACUACAAGGCCUUCGUGUUCCAGAAGAUCUUCGACUAUGACAUGAAGCCUGAAGUGACCCGGAAGGACCUGCUGGAUGCCUGGCACCGGCUGCGCGAUGUGCCCCUGCUGCGCUGCGACAACAACGGCUGCCAGGACUGUGCUCCGGUGGACCCCCGAAACAACCCCUGCCUGGCUGGGAAGAAGUAGAUGAUGGAGCAGAGGCAGGAACCACGUGCGACUCUUUCUGCCACUGGCCUCCCUCGCUGCCCAUGUGCUUCUGGAUCGCUGAGUGUAACAGAAACAUGUCCCAACCAGGCACCAGGCUGCAAUCCAGAACCCCACUCUGACCUGUGCUCCAAUCUAGAACCCUAAUCCACAUGUGUGCUCCAAUCUAGAACCCUGUUCCUGGGCAUGUGUUGAUUUAGAAUGUGAUUUCUCAGUAUGUGCCAACCUAGAACCCCUUCCAGAGUCUGUUCCCAUCUAGAACCCCAUGCAUGGAUGUGUUAAAAUCUGCAAUCUAGAGCCCCAUUGCUGUGUGUGCUCCAAUUCAGUACCCCAUUCCCAUCUUCGGUUGUGAUCCAGCCUAGAACUCCAUCCCUGGGUGUGCUCCAAUCUGUGAUCUAGAAGCCCGUCCUUCUCCCCAGGUGUGCUCCAAUCCAGAAUUGCCACCCCCUAGUGCACCUCAAGCUCCAUUCUAAACCUUCAUCCCCCACAGUGCGUCAAGCUCCAAUCGAGAACAUGUCCCCCAUUCCUGAGUGGUCUCGGAGCUGCAGUCUAGAAUCCAAAUUCACCCAGUGAUCUGAAACUUCGAUCUAGAACCCAACCUCCAUCCCUGCUCAAGGCUGGGGGGGGGGGAGACAGUGGAUGGGAGCAGGGCACAUUACGCUUGGCGACUGUAUCAUGGGGCUGGAUCAGAGGGGAGAGCCCCUU